GAAUAAUAAUAAAUUACAAAAGGCCAAAUGCCAGAAAAUAACAAAGAAAAAAAGGCGCUUUGAUUAAAAAUUGAAGGCGUGUUUAAAGGCAAAGGUAGGCCAAAAAGUGUUUAGUGUCAGUCGCUUAUUCUUCCACCGCCGGCGUUCAGCUCUCACCGUCGGCCGCCGUCUGCGCAACCCUUCCGCUAUCAGACGUUUCCCUCGUUUCAUCUUUGCAGAUCUGGUUUGAUCUUAUUCAAAAGCUUGCUGGAGGCUUUGGAUGUUGUACUGGGCUCAAGUAUUUUGGGGCUGUCAGCUGGAAAGGUUCUCUGUCAAUUUAUUUUUUCCAAAGUUUUUGAGUUUUUCGAACGAAUUAUGAGUAUCUUGAGCACGGAGAGCUGUAUUGAAGUGUAUUAAUAUUGGUUUGGGCUGGUGGUUGUUAGUUGGGUUUUGGGUGGGUUUUUCUUCUUUAUGUAUCCCAGACUGGUGUUUGGAUGAGCUGGGAUUUUUGGAACUGCCAGAGGAAGAAAAGAUUCAGUUUUUAGUGUAUCCCAUUUCUAAUUAUUUGGCUGUUGUUGAUCUUCAUUCGACUAAGAUUUUGCUUAUUUUGGGAUUUUAUUUAGUGGGAGUGUGGUUGGAGUUGUUUCAGAUUACAAUCUGGGUAGGGAAAAUGUUGGAUAAAGGGGCUGAACGGUUGAUGUCUGCUAGAAAAUCUCUGAGGCUUAGUUUAGAUAAAUCUAGAACUCUUGGGUCAUCUCUUGAGAGUAUUGGGCCUAGACUAGCUGAGAUUAAUCACAGAUUGCCCUCACUAGAAGCUGCCGUGCGACCGAUUCGAGCUCCAAGGGACGCCCUCUCUGCUGUUGGAGGUCAUAUAAAUCGCGCUGUUGUCCCAGCCACUGCAGUUCUUAAGGUUUUUGAUGCAAUCCAUGGCUUGGAGAAGUCCUUGUUUAAUCCCCAAUCGGAUCUUCCAGGUUACCUUGGCGUGCUUAAAAGGCUUGAGGAGGCAUUGAGGUUUCUUGGGGAAAAUUGUGGAAUGGCUAUCCAGUGGUUAGCUGAUAUUGUGGAGUAUUUGGAGGAUCAUAAAGUUGCCGACGGUCGGUUCAUUGCAAAUUUGAAGAUGGCUCUGGAGCAUCUAAGGGAACUGCAUGUAAAUGAGGAAAAAGGUUGUCUUGAUGGUGGGCUUCUUGAGGCUGCUUUGGACAGAUUAGAGAAUGAGUUUCGUCGGCUCUUGACCGAAAACAGUGUGCCAUUACCGAUGUCUUCAUCACCCUUGCCUGGAGAGCAAGCAUGCAUUGCACCUUCUCCAUUGCCCGUGGCUGUCAUUCAGAAGUUGCAGGCUAUCCUUGGUAGGUUAAUUGUUAAUAACAGACUUGAAAAAUGCAUAUCAAUUUACAUUGAAGUUCGUAGUUUGAAUGUUCGAGCUAGUUUACGAGCACUUAAUUUGGAUUACCUUGAGAUAUCUGUAUCGGAGUUCAAUGAUGUGUUAAGCAUAGAGGGACACAUAGCUCAAUGGGGCAAGCAUUUGGAGUUUGCUGUCAAACACCUGUUUGAGGCAGAAUAUAAACUGUGUAAUGAUGUGUUUGAGAGAUUGGGUUUGGAUGUUUGGAUGAGAUGCUUUGCGAAGAUUGCAGCCCAGGCUGGUAUUCUUGCAUUUCUUCAAUUUGGGAAAACUGUUACAGAGAGUAAGAAGGAUCCUAUAAAGCUAUUGAAACUGUUGGAUAUAUUUGCAUCUUUGAACAAGCUAAGAUUAGAUUUCAACAGGCUUUUUGGCGGAGAAGCCUGUGCCGAAAUCCAAAAUUUGACAAGGGAUCUCAUCAAGAGUUUGAUUGAAGGGUCUUGCGAGAUCUUUUGGGAACUUUCUGUUCAGGUUGAAUUACAGAGGCAAAUGCCACCACCUCCUGAUGGCAGUGUCCCAAAACUGGUCGUUUUUAUUGCUGAUUAUUGCAACAAGCUGCUUGGAGAUGAUUACAGGCCAAUUCUGACUCAAGUUCUAGUUAUUGAAAGAAGUUGGAAGCACAAAAAGUUUCAGGAGAGGCUUGUUACUGAUGAACUGCUCAAUUUAAUGAGAGCCGUUGAGUUGAAUCUGGAAAAAUGGUCAAAAGGUUAUGAGGACACAGUCUUGUCAUACAUUUUUCUUAUGAAUAAUCAUUGGCAUUUGUACAAGCACCUGAAAGGCACAAAGUUGGGGAGUCUGUUGGGAGAUUCCUGGUUAAGAGAACAUGAACAGUACAAGGACUUUUAUUCUGCACAUUUUUUGAGAGAAAGCUGGGGAAAGCUUCCUACCCUGUUAAGCAGGGAAGGUCUCAUCUUGUUUUCUGGAGGACGAGCCACCGCCCGUGAUCUUGUCAAGAAAAGAUUGAAAGCUUUCAAUGAGGCUUUUGAUGAAAUGUAUAAGAAACAGUCCAACUGGGUUAUUUUGGACAGAGAUCUGCGGGAAAAGACGUGCCAAGUGAUUGUUCAGGCAAUUGUGCCUGUUUAUCGCAGUUACAUGCAGAACUAUGGCCCUUUAGUGGAGCAGGAUGGAAGUGCCAGCAAAUAUGCAAAGUAUACAGCUCCAUCCUUGGAAAAAAUGCUAAAUUCUUUGUUUCAGCCAAAGCCUAUCAGACAUGGAAGCUUCAAAGUCAGGCAACCUAGCGGGAAAUUCAACACCGGGGCGACAGAUCAAUCACACAGCCCUUCACCAACUGCGAAGUGAUUUCGCAGCUAUGAUUCAUGGAAGUUCCAUGUUUAGCCUGAUUUGAGUUCUGUUUCAUCCUUUGACGCAAUUGUUGUUCAUGUUUCGGUGCUGUAAAAGGAAACAUGGAGUGAAGGAGGAUGGAACAUGAUCUGAAACUGCUGAAGACUUCAACAUACACUGAUCGCACGGGUUCGAUUUCAGCUUCUUCGAGACUUUAAGAGGGCACUUUAUUGAUUGACUUCUGGUACCAUCACCCAUUCAUUCGAACAGUAGAGGUACAAAAUCAACUUCCUGUAUAAUAACUGUCCAAUUAUUUGGUAUGAAGUGCUUUGGUGCUUUGCUCCCGGCAACAUUAAAUUUGUCAGACAGUUCCGUGAAGAAAGAAAUUUUAGAUGUUAUAAAAAGGAUGCACAGGUCUUCUUGGAUGUAGUUCCCAUGCAAUCACUGAUGUUAGAUCAUUGGGAGCAAUUUUUGAGAAUAAUAAAUUAUUUAACGAAAUUUAUUAUUAGUAUUAUUAUUUUAAUUUUUACGGUGUCUGGUUUAAGUGAUUAUAGUUACCCUAUCUUUCCUUUUCAAUAAUGGCUAUAUUACUCGUACUUUGAUGCUCUGCCUUUAGAUCAUUCAAGAUUGAAUUAAUGAGGUACUUUCACUGAGUUAUACUCGAAGCAUUUGCCUACAACAUAGAGAGUAGAGACAGUGUUUUGCUUGUCGGGAACGUCCACUCCUCCCUCUUCACUAUUUUCUGUGGUGGUUCUGUUUAGUUCUAUUGUUCAGAUUUAAAUUGUGCAUAAGAGUACAUUCCUAGGGAACUGUUUAGAUGUUUAUGCUGGUAGAUUUAGAUGGUUUCCUUGGCCUUAGUCCAAGGUCAGUCAGUGUUUGUUGAAGAUUAUUGUGAAUUCCAUUUGAAUUCUUGCUUUAAUGCGAAAAGUUGUUUUAAAUUCGUUCUCCUUUGUUCUCUUUCAAUCGAUCACGAAUCAAGUCUUCUUGGUGAGACUGUUUUUGAAUAUUGGAAAAGGAUUAAGAAGUUGUUAAUGAUGAGCUCAGUUUGUGUGGUUGAAUGUUUAUAUUACAAGCCAUCCUUAACAUCCUAGCUCCUUCAUCAGUUUUUAAAUUUAUGGGAACCAAAACUCUGUCCAAGAAAGACGGUUCUGUGGAUUAGUGUUGAAUUUCUUCAAGAGGAGGACAACAAAUUGCGGUUUUCUUUUACCACCGACCCGAACCAGUAGUCCAAAUGCAAUAAGUUUUAAAAGGAGACACGUCUGAAGUCAAACAAAACAACUGCAAAGUAAAACCCCCUCCAGUUCAGUUUCUUACUGGUUUAGAAUUGUACAGCUCUUCUGUUCUGCUUCUUUCUUCACCAAAUCGCCGGUGGCAGAGGUCAGGUGAUUUUCAUUAUUUCUUCCAAACUCUCUUUUGUAUCUUGGG